UAUUAACCCGGGAGGCGGCGGCGGGGAGGGGAGAGGCUCUGAGAGGCGAGGCCGGGUGAAACGGCGAGGGCGGCCCGACCGGCGCGGGACGGGACGGGGCAGCGCGGGCCCCGGGAGCUGCGGCCCGGAGUCGGGGUGCCUUGCCCCGGGGCCCCCCAGCAUGAAGACCCCGGCAGACACAGGGUUUGCCUUCCCGGAUUGGGCCUACAAGCCGGAGUCGUCGCCUGGCUCGAGGCAGAUCCAGCUGUGGCACUUCAUCCUGGAGCUGCUGCGGAAGGAGGAGUACCAGGGUGUCAUCGCCUGGCAGGGGGACUACGGGGAAUUCGUCAUCAAGGACCCCGACGAGGUGGCCCGGCUCUGGGGUGUCCGCAAGUGCAAGCCCCAGAUGAAUUAUGACAAGCUGAGCCGGGCUCUGCGCUAUUAUUAUAACAAACGCAUUCUGCACAAAACUAAGGGGAAACGGUUCACCUACAAAUUCAACUUCAACAAACUGGUGCUCGUUAAUUACCCUUUCAUUGAUGUGGGGCUGGCUGGGGGUGCGGUGCCCCAGAGUGCCCCUCCAGUGCCAUCAGGCGGCAGCCACUUCCGAUUCCCUCCUUCAACACCCUCUGAGGUGCUGUCCCCCACUGAGGACCCCCGCUCACCACCAGCCUGCUCUUCGUCCUCAUCCUCCCUCUUCUCGGCUGUGGUGGCCCGACGCCUGGGCAGAGGCUCAGUCAGUGACUGUAGCGAUGGCACUUCAGAGCUGGAGGAGCCACUGGGAGAGGACCCCCGGGCCCGACCACCAGGCCCUCCGGAGUUGGGUGCCUUCCGCGGGCCCCCACUGGCCCGCCUGCCCCAUGACCCUGGCGUCUUCCGUGUUUACCCCCGGCCCCGAGGUGGCCCUGAGCCCCUGAGCCCCUUCCCCGUGUCCCCUCUGGCUGGGCCUGGCUCCCUGUUACCACCUCAGCUCUCACCAGCUCUGCCCAUGACGCCCACCCACCUGGCCUACACGCCCUCGCCCACGCUGAGCCCUAUGUAUCCCGGUGGCGGCGGGGGCCCCAGUGGCUCAGGGGGAGGCUCCCACUUCUCCUUCAGCCCUGAGGACAUGAAACGGUACCUGCAGGCCCACACCCAAAGCGUCUACAACUACCACCUCAGCCCCCGCGCCUUCCUGCACUACCCUGGGCUGGUGGUACCCCAGCCCCAGCGCCCUGACAAGUGCCCGCUGCCACCCAUGGCACCUGAGACCCCACCGGUCCCCUCAUCAGCCUCGUCCUCCUCCCCAUUCAAGUUUAAGCUCCAACCACCCCCACUCGGACGCCGGCAGCGGGCAGCUGGCGAGAAGGCUCCAGCGGGCGCUGACAAGAGCAGUGGCAUUGGCAGUGGUGGCAGCACAGGUGGGCUGGCUGAGGGGGUGGGGGCACUGGCCCCACCACCACCACCACCACCACCACAGAUCAAGGUGGAGCCUAUCUCAGAAGGCGAGUCGGAGGAGGUGGAGGUGACUGACAUAAGUGACGAGGAUGAGGAAGAUGGAGAGGUGUUCAAGACACCUCGUGUCCCCCCUGUGCCCCCCAAGCCUGAGCCAGGCGAGGCACCUGGGGCCACGCAGUGCAUGCCCCUAAAGCUGCGCUUUAAACGUCGCUGGAGUGAAGACUGUCGCCUGGAGGGGGGUGGGGGCUCCACUGGGGGCCUCGAGGAUGAGGGUGAGGACAAGAAGGUGCGAGGGGAGGCUGGGGGUCCCCUCACCCCGAGGCGGGUGAGCUCUGACCUCCAGCACGCCACAGCCCAGCUCUCUCUGGAGCACCGAGAUUCCUGAGGGCCAUGGGCAGGGGAAUGUUCCCCCACCCCCCAUGCUUCUUUUGCUGCCUUAACUCCCCUGUGUCCUGGAGGUGAGGGCAGCUCUAAUUUCUUCCCUGCCUCCUCCCUUUCCUCUCCCCAUGUUUUGUAUAAAAGUUAAAAAAAAUUUUUUUUUUUAAAUUGUGAGGGUGGGUGGGUGUCCAGGGCUGGGGGCUAUCCAGUCUCUGGAUUUCUAAGCUCUGGGCAAAGUGGUGGUGAGGGGUGGGGGGAGGGAGUUAAGGGGGCCACCUCCAUUCUGGGGAAUUUAUAUUUGAACUGAGGCUCUGGCCUCGAUGCCCAGGAACUUUUUUAUUACAAUCGCUUAGGAAGUAAAGCCUUGUCUCCCUCCCCGUUCUGUGCCUCCUGUACCUCUCCCUGUCCACCUCCAGCCAUCCUUAGCCCCAGUUCAGCCUUCCCUGCCCCUCCAGGGGCCAUGAGUGCCUGGGUUUCUAACCCCACAGGUUACAACGGGAGAGUUGGACAUUUUAUGAUGAACCAAAAAUUCUGUGUGUGAGGGGGUAGGGGGGAGAGGAGGGUGAGGGGUGCCACCCAUAGGCCACAAAUCUCUACAAGUGCCUCUUCUACUCCCCACCCCAGCACUGGUCCAACCCCUUCACCCCCAGCUGCUCCUAGGACCAGCCCAUAGGCAGGUGGGUGGGGGGUGGGAAAGGUGAACCCUGAAACCAAACUGGAAGCCCCCUCUGCCUCCCAGCUGGGGCCCCUUGGGGUGAGGGUCUGUGGUCAAGCCUUAUUCUGUUUUGGGGGUGGAGGGUGGGAGGGGAGGGAAGUUGAGGGCUGUUGGAGAAUGUAUUCAAACAAUAAAACUUUGGGCCUUUGGA